AUGCCAGAAAUGUUUGAAUCUAAAAGCAAAAAUGAGUGGAGGCAAGUCUAAGUAAGAAUGUUUGAUUAAUAAUCUGUACUUAUCAUAGCAGAUGAGAGUCAAUGUAGUUAGGAAGUCAUCAAUUCACUCCAAAAUGGAAUGAAUGUUGAAACAAUUAAAAUGGUGACAAAUCUUGAAAGUAUUUAAAAGGAUGAAUUUGAGAAUUACCAAGUCGUCAUAAACUUUUCAAAAGAGUCUAUCGAAAAGAUUCUAUAAAGGUAGAACAAAAUUAUUCUUGCUCAUUUCGGGACUGAUGUAAUUGAUUCCUAAUUAUUGGAUCUAGAGUUGAUUACUGGGCUAAUUACAGAAAGAAAAUUAAUAGACUAGGAAAUAGCUCACCAGAAACUCUUAUUAAAAGACUUAGAUUUCACAUCAGAGCAACUAUUUGAUUUCGUUUUGGAAAUCAACGUUCUCGUAGUCAUUAAUCAGCAAGUCUACUUGGAUGCGAUGAAGCCCUAAUUUGAGCAAUUAGGUGAAUAGUGUGACUAUACUCUGCUUAAGUCAACUAAACAAUAUCAAGAAAUGAAUGAAGAGCAAAAAUACAACUUUGAUGUGAUACUUGUACGUAAUCCAGCUCUUGCCAAGGAAAUAAUGCCAGACUAAUGCUCUAAUUCCAAAAAGCUGAAAUGGGUUCAUUCACUUCUAGCUGGGAUCGACUUGCUCUGCAACGUGACUGAGUUGAGAGAAAACGAUGGUAUCAUCCUCACAAACGCCAAGGGUGCAUUUAGCAAUUCUCUCGCUGAAUUUAUCAUUUAUGGACUGCUAUUCUUUUCAUCUUAGCAAGGCUCUCAAAUGCUUCAUCAAGAUUAAUCAAAAUAUCACUCAUAGUCAAAGCUGAGACUAGCUAAUUAAUAUAAAGUAGGCAUAGUUGGCUAUGGUGAUAUAGGAUGCUAAUGUGCCAAACUCAUUAAGAGCACUCUUCAUAUGAAGGUUGUAGGCCUAAAGAGAAACCCAUCAAACACACCUGAAGAACAGAAACUUUAUGCAGAUGAAAUAAUUGGCUUUGAUCAGAUGGAUUACCUGCUUUCUACUUGCGAUUUUGUUAUUAAUUGCCUCCCUUAUACGAAGGAGACUCAUGAGCUAUUCACUGAGGAAUUGUUUAUCAAGAUGAAAAAAUCAGCUGUUUACAUGAACAUUGGUCGCGGCUAAACUGUUAUAGAAGCUGAUUUAAUCAAAGCUUUAAAAGAGAAGUCUAUCGCAGGUGCAAUGUUAGAUGUUUUCUACACUGAACCGCUCAGCUCUGACAGUGAGUUGUGGGCAAUGCCUAAUGUAGUUAUAACUCCUCACUGUGCUGACAUGACAGAGGACUCCUACUUGGUGACAUUCAAUAUUUUCAUGGAAAACUUAGAGAGGUUCACUAUUGGUCAGGGUCUUAAAAAUAUCUGCAACAAAUCAUUGGGAACGGAUCCCCUCUUAGGAAAGGACCCGCAGAUGCUGAACAUCUGA